CGACGGAGCGAUUCGCCGCACGAACACCGAGGCCAGGAAACGCGCACGAGCAAAUGUACGGACGGCCUAGCCGCCACCGCCUCCCCCUCCACGCCGUCGCCGCAGCGGCCUUCUACUUCUAGAAGCCGCCGCCGGCUCCUCCUCCGGUCUUCUACUCCACCAUCUAGAAGCUACUUGACCCCGGCCAGACAGCACCUCUGCCCGGAACCGCCCCGGUGCGGCGGGCGGGAUGAAGGGCCCGGGCCCGGCGGCCGCCGCGGCCCCGGUGGGGAAGAGGCGGUGGCGGUGCCUGGCGGCGGCGUGCGCCGCGCUGGCGCUGCUGUUCUUCUCCGUCGUCGUGCCGCUCGCCGUACUCCUCGGCCUCCACGCGCGCUUCCCCUCCAUGUACUUGGUGGACGAGAGCGCGGUGUCGGUUUAUGACGGCAGCGAGGGUGGUAGUUGGGAGCCAAUUCCGUCGGAGGAAAAUGACAGAUUGCGGGUCAACGACCCCGUGAAGGAGCUUUUGCCGGCUACUUCGGAGGAGUGGACAGAUACAAAUGCCAGUCAACCCGACAUUGUUAUCGGCAGUCAACCAAAGCUUGAUGAAUUGAAUGGAAAUAUCUCAAUCCAUUCAGCCCCUCCUAUCCAGCAAGCUACAACUUUGGAAAGUUCUUCGUUGCUCAAUAUUACUGACAUUGAUCUGAAGGACAAUUUCAAACAAGGUUUACCUGGUGAUGAGAAUGGAAAAUCCUGCCAGCUUGAAUUCGGAAGCUAUUGUCGUUGGUCUGUUGAACAUAAGGAAGUCAUGAAAGAUUCUACAGUGAAGAGACUCAAAGAUCAGCUCUUUGUUGCAAGAGCUUACUAUCCAAGCAUUGUGAAACUUGAAGGGAUGGGAAAACUUUCACGUGAAAUGAAACAAAAUAUCCAAGACCAUGAGCGUAUGCUUAGUGACGCCAUAUCUGAUACUGAUCUUUCUAAACUUCACGGAGUCAGUAUGGCAAAGAUGGAUCAGACAAUUGCUGCAGCAAAAUUAUGCGCCAUAGAAUGCACUAAUGUUGAGAAAAAGCUGAGGCAGUUGCUUGAUAUGACUGAAGAUGAAGCUAUUUUUCAUGUAAGACAGAGUGCUUAUCUUUACAGGCUUGGAGUUCAGACAUUACCCAAGAGCCUCCACUGCCUUUCAAUGAGAUUGACAGUUGACUACUUCAAAUCCUCAGCUGACAUGGAGCAUUCAGACACAGGAAAGCUUGAAAAUCCAGCAUUCCGGCACUAUGUUAUUUUCUCCACCAACCUUCUUGCAUCAUCCAUGACUAUCAACUCAACUGUUAUAAAUUCUGAGGAAUCUGCAAAUAUGGUUUUCCAUCUCGUAACUGAUGCACAGAACUUCUAUGCAUUUAAGAACUGGUUCAUCAGAAAUUCUUACAGGGGAGCUACCAUCGGUGUCCUUAAUUUUGAAGAUUUCCAACUAAAGAAUUUGGGUCAUGGGGAAGUUGAACAACUAUCACCAUCCGAGGAGUUCCGUGUUACCUCCCAUAGCAAUGCUCUAAUGUUGAACACCCCAAUGAGAACUGAAUAUAUUUCAAUGUUUGGGCACUCGCUUUCCUUGCUUCCUGAAUUGUUCAGCAAUCUUAAAAGGGUCAUUGUCUUGGAAGAUGAUACUAUAGUCCAGAGAGACUUGUCACUCCUAUGGAACCUUGAUUUAAAAGGAAAAGUGAUUGGUGCCGUCCAGUUUUGUGGAAUUAGAUUUAGUCAACUCAGAGCAUACUUGCUUGACUUCCCUUAUGAUUCUAGUUCAUGCAUCUGGAUGUCCGGAGUGAGCGUUAUUGAUCUCGAUAAAUGGAGGGAACAUGAUGUCACUGGGAUUUAUCACCGGAUACUACAAAAGCUGCAACAUGACACAGAAGCUUCGUGGAGAGCUGCAGCACUACCUGGAGGCCUGCUUGCUUUUAAAGAUCUGAUGCAUCCUAUUGAAGGCCAUUGGGUCCAUUUUGGUCUUGGUCAUGACUAUGGACUCACUCAUGGUGCUAUCAAGAGAGCUGCCAUAUUGCACUACAAUGGUAACAUGAAACCGUGGUUAGAACUUGGGAUACGACGGUACAGGAAAUACUGGAAGAGGUACCUGCCAAGGGAUGAGCCAUUUAUGAUUGAUUGCAAUGUAAACCCAUGAUAUGGCAAGCUUCUGAGUUGUGAGAUUCAGAAGCUCUACUUUGCAUGGGAUGGCGGGAACAACCAUCUUCUUCAAAACACAGCAAGAGCUUGCAUCUGUGCUCAAGGAAAGAGGCUUAUUAUUUAUUCAGAGGGGAGCUCCUUCACCGUACAAAUCCUGAUUGUUCAGGAUGUCGCUGUGGUGUGAAGGAAAUUUGCUGCGAAUUUUUGCAGACAGGUUGCCUAUCAUUUGCUGAUAGAUGUACAGUGGAUUGGACCAGGUGCUGAGAUGCAGAGCAGCAUCACAAUUUGGUUAACGAUGUGUUGUAGUUAGGAGAGUCUUUUGGGUGGUAGAAUAUGGAUUCGGUAUAUUAGGUUCUUGGGACAUCAACCAAAUUUUUCCUGAAUAUAGCUUGUGCAUGCCCUAGUGUAUUCGUUUAUCGCAUCAA